AUGAGCUCAAUGACAGCAGCACGCAUUGCUCAGAUUUUUGGCUGCGCUUCGGCCGCAUGGCUAUCAGGCUACAUUGGUAGCAUGACCAUGCCAGGAAUGUCAGCAGUAUCCAAGGCUCCGCCUAAUGUUGCUCCCAAACAAUGGCGGACGAUAUUUGACAUUGGGUUUACGACUGCGCCAAAAAUUGCUGGACUGUCGGCAUCCGCCUUCGCAUAUGCUGCGUAUUCACUGUCUGUGCAACAAAAACCUGCAAGCAGCUCCACGCUUACGUCGAUAUAUUUUCUGUCUGCUGCAGCCAUCUCAACUUUGAUGAUCGCACCAUGGACCAUCCUUACCAUGCUUCCAACCAACGAAAAGCUCGACGCAAAGCUAGCUGUUGCAGAAUCUGGUCUGGCUGCUAAGGAGGACAGUGAACUCGACGGCUUGCUUACCAAGUGGGCUCGAUUGAACGGCAUACGGUCCGUAUUUCCGCUAGUUGGAGCCUUUUGUGGCCUCUGGGCUAUCACAAGCUAG